UAGCAUUGGAUCCGGAAAUUCUUUCUGCGGGUGCUUCAAAGGGUUAAAGCCCACGUUAAUCCCCCGAUUUCCGCUGCGCGCGAACAUUGUCGCAUACGUUAGAUAUGAUGUACAGGAUUGUCCUUAUGAUAAUUGACUUCCCCAACAGAUACAGUAUAUGCACGACGGUAGCGAAACCACAGAGGACAGCAUGAUUCUGGAAUUGACGUUGGUGGCUGGGACAGGCUAUACGCUUCCAGGAUACCUCCAAGGACGCCUCAGAUUCCCUCUUCACGUUAAUGUCACUCCUGUCAAUGACCCGCCGUUACUCGAGAUACCGACCGCGAAAGUGCUGCGUCUGGCCCAAGGUACAAGAAAAAUACUGACCAAGGAGUUAAUAUGGGCUAUAGACGCCGACACCCCGUCGGAAAUGCUGAUUUAUACGGUUUUACGAGCAGACACUGACGCCGGGCACAUCGAACGAGUUACCUCCCCGUUUCGACCUAUCGACACGUUCACGCAGGCCGAAUUAAUGCAGGGCCUCAUCGCGUACGUGCAUCGCGGGAACGGUAACGAUCUUCAUUGUUGCUAA